AUGGGCAUAACUUACCUGUGCGCACCCCUGGUCUUCCUCCUUCUCCCUCUUGUUGUGCUUGGGGCACCCACUGAUGAACCCAACCUCGCUGAACCGGCCCCUGGUGCUUGCAAGCGCUGCUGUGACCCACUGGACUCUUCCACAGACGUCCCACCUCUCCCUCCCAGCCACCGCCGCUUGCCCUACCCGAUGCCGGAGGUCCGUCCCUACAUCAACAUCACGAUCCUGAAGGGAGAGAAAGGAGACCGGGGAGAGCCUGGAAUGCCAGGGAAAUGGGGCAAAGAAGGACCACGAGGUGAGCGGGGCGCCCAGGGGCAGAAAGGCAGCAAAGGACAGAUGGGCACAGCAGGAGAGCCCUGCAAGCACCACUACGCUGCCUUCUCCGUCGGCCGCAAGAAAGCGCUGCACAGCAGCGAGGGCUUCCAGGUCUUGAUCUUCGACACAGUCUUCGUCAACCUCUACAGCCACUUUGACAUGUUCAAUGGUAAAUUCUACUGCUAUGUAGGUGGACUUUACUAUUUCAAUCUCAACGUCCAUACCUGGAACUUCAAGGAGACCUACAUGCACAUCAUGCACAAUGAAGAAGAGGCAGUGAUCUUAUAUGCCCAGCCCAGUGACCGCAGCAUCAUGCAGAGCCAGAGCCUCAUGCUGGAGCUUCAGGAAAAUGAUGAGAUCUGGGUGAGGCUCUACAAGCGGGAGAGGGACAAUGCCAUUUACAGUGAUGAUGUUGAUGUGUACAUCACCUUCAACGGGUACCUGGUCAAGCCCAGCCUUGACUAA